ACCACAGUAUUCAAUGUGAGGCCACCGCCAGUGUGUGAGAGGAGAAACUUUGUAAACAAAAUAUUCCUGGGUGAGCUGAAUAAUCGACUGACGAACAUCUAAUUUGUUUUUCCAUCUAAAGUUAAAAUUUAAGUUAAACGAGAAUUGAUAUAUGUGAUUUUAUUUGAUCCUGAUUGCAGCCAGGAAUACAUCCUCUCUGUGUGUUCAGACAAAAGAAUUGAAGAAACCUACCCAAGGCAGACCCUCGACAUGCUGGACGGACGCAUCCCACAGCUGGAGUACGAUUCCGGCGCAGUCAUUGAGAGACUUCCAGGAGACAAGCUACGGAUUCAGGGCCAAGAUGAAAACAUUCUGAGGGCACUGUCCCUGAUAUCUGGCAAUACGAACAGUGAAGUUCACAACUCAGAGAAUGGUGCAAUACACGAAAGGAGGGAACCCUCAAGGACAAUCACUGCCAUGUCAAGGACAGACUUCAGCGAUAGCCGUCAUUCACCCAGGGAGGACGAAGUUGCUGAGAGAUUAAGGCCAAUUGGAGUCACAAACGGGAGUCCAAGAGAGAUUCCCAGCCAGGAAUUGCAGACCAAAGCCGUUCCAUCAUCUUCUUCAGUAAUCUCAUCAUCCACAUCUUCAAAAACAAACUCUCAGAGCAAGCAUGAGGACAUCAUCUCCCUCAUGCUCAAGCUUGGCUAUUCUAGACAGAUUGUAGAGCAAGUUCUGCAACAGGUUGGAGACCAGGCUUCAAGCGAUGAGGUCCUGAGGAUGCUUGUGAAUCUCGGAUCACCAAAGAUAACAGAAGAUGGAGGUAGCGAUGCCAAAGAAGUGGACAGAGGGUCAGGAAAGAAGGAUUUCAGCGAUGGUGUUCAAGAGUCUGAGGAGACCGACUCAGACCCGUACAGGCCAAUCAUAAUUGAUGGAAGCAAUGUAGCAAUGAGCUAUGGCAACUCAAACGUGUUUGACUGCAAGGGAAUUCAUACCGUGGUCAUGUGGUUUCUUCGCCGAGGUCAUAAUACUAUCUACGUCUUCGUGCCAAGUUGGAGGAAGGAACAAUCUAAACCGGAAACACCCAUCAAAGGCCAAGAGAUUCUGAUGGAACUUGAGAAAUCCAAAAUCCUGGUCUGGACGCCCUCGCGGAGGGUCAAAGGUCGGCGGAUGGUUUGCUACGACGACCGCUACAUCCUCAACCUGGCCCACGAACUGGAUGGGAUCGUUGUCUCCAACGACACCUUCAGGGAUCUCUGCGCAGAGAAACCGGAAUACCGUAAAGUAGCAGAAGAGAGGCUACUGAUGUAUUCCUUUGCGGGUGAUAAGUUUAUGCCACCUGAUGAUCCACUUGGAAGACAUGGUCCAAAUCUGGAUAACUUCCUUCGCAAGACACCCUCAAAGCCAAGCCACCAGAUGCAGCUUUGCCCCUAUGGUAAGAAGUGUACCUAUGGCAAUAAGUGCAAGUACAGCCACCCAGAGAGGAGCAGGAAUGUGAAGACAACCAGUGAGAUCCUGGUAGAGAAGGACCGCCAAAGACAAGAGCAGAAGCUCAAGGCGAACCUGAUGGCAAGGGCACUCAAGACAGAGGUGCCUGAGAUGCCGUGGGAAAAGGAAAACGGAAGAGGUACCACAGAUCCACUCUCUUACCAGUCGGGAUCAAGGGGUUUGGCGAUGUCUCAUGGAGGAGCCACCCAACAGCACGGUGGUGCUGUGACGUUGCCGCUAAGGAAUCCACCAAUGCCUGAUAAGACCAUGAACACUGUACCUCUGGUUGGUCCGCAGCAUGUGCAGCAGUACCGAAUGCACCCUCAAUCCAUCAACGAGGGCUGGUUGCCCUCGGAUGAGAGGGUCCAUGAUGGUUGGCCAUCAUCUGAACAUAGAAUUCCUGCCGCGUCGUACCACUCACACCAGGCAAUGGCUCCGCCCCAACAUAGGAACCAGCAACUCCCGAACAGGUCUUCCAUGACUGCUCCGAUCUCUGGGUACACUCCCCAUCCUCAACCUAUGCGGGAGAUGAUGACAGCGCCUCUGUCCACAGUGGAUUACUACCAGCAGCACGCCACACAGCAGUCUGAGAAGCGAUAUUCCUUACCCAUCGGUGGAGCUGAUCAGCAGAGACCUCAGAAACAGCCUCAGCAGCAGCUACAGGUUCGUCCACCCCAGAGAGUCGGCAAUAACAUGACCGAAUUCAGCAAGGAGUUCCAUCAGAUGUCGCUUCUCGAUACUUCCAGUCACGGGAGUGCCUUUGACGAGGAAAGACAUUACAGCUAUCCCUUGACCACACCUUACAGAGGCUCUCCAGUCCUCAACACGCAGACCCCAGCCAAUGCAUACUUGGACGACGAGGGUUAUUUUUCACCUAUCACUCCAAAGGAAGUGGGUAUUCCUUCACCGGGGAUACCCUCCCACCCAUCAUCGUCAAGAUACCCUCAGCAUCCAAACACAGAUAGCACACUUCAUCCUCACCGCUUCAUGUACCCCAGCACCAUACCUACCACGUCCUACACCAAUCCCCCGCAUCAGGUACCCGGUAGUGGAUCAGAUGCACUCAGGCAUGGAGGACACCUUGGGAUGCAUUCCAACCAACUCUUUAAUCCAGUAGAAAGCCCUCGGAGGACAUCUGAAUCGUUGCCUCUAAGGCAGGUCUGGGGUGGUGCAGGGUCUGAACACUCGGAUACCUCCAGGACAGUGGAGAGUGGGGAAAGCAGGAUGAGGAUGGCAUCAUCAAGACAGCUUCAAAGUUAAGAUAAUGAUCUGUUAAAGACGACUGGUGUCACCAAGACACUUUUGAAGCUAGAAUCAUGAUCUACCAAGGUUGGUACUGUCAAAACAGCUUCCAAGCAAGGAACAUGAUCUAACGGAGAUGGUGUCUUCAAGACAGCUUCCAAUCUAGGAUCAUGAUCUUCCUGGGAUGUUACCAUCAAAUCUUCUGAGUUAGGAUCAUGAUCUAUCAAGGACUUUACCAUUGAGAUAGCUUCCAAGCUUGAAUCGUGAGCUAACAGGGUAGAGUAGACAACAUUUGUUGAUUAUUUCCAUUUAACAUUUGUUGAUUAUUUCCAUUUACUGUUGUUAUGAUCAUGCUUUCUAGGUGAACACAAAAUCUACACCACGGAACUGACUUAAGUCCUGAUAAUAUUUCAUAAAUUGCAUCCACUUAGAUUCUCUUCUUGAACUUGGCCAAAAAUGGAGAUUCAGGGUCAGCCAAAUGUGAGUUUCUUCUGCUGGAGAUGUUAAGAAACGAGAGGAAAAAUAGAUGGAAAAUAUUAUGGAAAUAUGGGUUGGUCAGUACAUUUUGGGGGUGGUCAAAGUUCAAUCGAAAAUGAAAUUCGGUUUGUUUUUCUUGGGUCAGUCAGGUUUCGGAAAGCUAACUUUUAUCAGCCUAUAGUGUGUCCCAUGUUAGAAUCGGUCUCCACAGAUAAGUUAGCAUUAUGCCAGUUUGCAUGAGUAAAUUAAGCUUGUCAAGAUUCAAGUUGAAAACAUUGCAUGACCAUGAGUUCAGGCUAGUAUUCUAAUGAGAAGUGAAAUUAAUUAAAUUCAUGAGAUACUUGAGCAGUAUGUGAAUAUAUGAUGAAAUCCUACAAGCUUCUUAGAGGUACAUGUAUAUGAUUGUGAAUACUGCAAUCUGCUAGUUAAUUAUUCUUGUACCAAAACUUUUUUCAUACUUUGUAUAUCACUAUGCUCAAUAAAAAUUCAUUGACUCGUUUGGCAUAGAUUUUUAAUAAUCUGAAUACAUUCAUACAUUUGAUGCAACCCUGAAUAUGCCUCACACCGCACAGGUUGUUAUUUCACCAGAGCGAUGCCAUUGAAAAUGCCGCCAAUUGUAACAUGUGACUAUAAAGUCUAAGUCAUCCCCUUUCUGAAUAGACAUGCCUGGCCACCCCUUUGUAAUGAAACUACAUGGUUGGUCGAUCUAUGGGCAAAGUUCAUGGGAUUCUGACUGCCAGCCCUCCCCCCGCAUUGCUUCCAUCCUGGAAUCACUUCCCACUUACAAUCCACUUCCUCUUUUGAUCAAUAGAACACCACAAUGGCAUAAAAGGAAGUAGAAGAUCCCGUUGGUGGGCUUCCUGUAAGUCCAUUUCUUGCUCAAAUACAAACAUGGUUCACGGAACUGGGGCAGGCUGGCUACCUGUUGAAAGGUACUGAAGUGUGCCGACCAAUAAUAUUUUUGUUGUGUCACCAUGAUGUAUACAUCAUUGGUAUGUCUGGGGUUUCAUAAGCCGUGCCAGGCACCUUGAGGAUCCGUCGUUCUGAAAGUGAAUAGCACUAGGAGUUAUUUGAACAAUGAUACAUUGAUAGAGAAGUUCAAAAGAAUAUCUUUUAGGAUUUAAUGUAUCACAGCUACAGUAUGUGGGAUGAUGUCACUCAAGCCGUACCAGGCACCAUAUGAAUUCAUGACUGCUUGAAUUUCUUGUUUCCUCAUUAUGUCUGGUAUUGCUCAAGUUUUCUCUGAAAUAAUGAUAUAUUUUUGAUAUCCUAAUGGCAUAUUACAUCAGUUAUGUAAAUUGGGAGAGUAACUUCCUUUGAAACCCCUUUUCUUAAAAUAUUGCUUAAUAAUUCUCUGAAGUAUUAUCUUUGUAAUUGAGCAUACUAUAAUUAAACAAUAUUCUUUCCCAAUUUCUCUUUCAUUUGUCAUACCUAUUAAAACAAGUAUAUUAAUCAUAUAUCUAUUGGUCAUUAUAACAUCUUAUUCAUGCAAUAUACAUGUACAUGUAUUAUACAUAUAUUCUUUGUUAUGCAGACCUAGUUAGAGUACUGUCAUUAUGAAAAUAAAAAUGAUAGGUUAUUAGGCAUUUAGAGUUUCUAUUGCACAUAAUGAUUAGGGUUUUUCUAAUUUCAAUCACAAUUUUUUAAACAAAUGAUUUUUUUUCUAUCUUAACCCAACACAGUUUCCACCAUACAUUUUCUAUUGGGCAAUUCCAUAAAAUAUGUAAGUCCCACCCAUUAAGUGUAUAUGUUGGACCUUUAUGAAAUUUUCUGUCUCUGAUUUCUGGUUCUUUUGACAGUCUGUAAUGUUCUCAAAGGACCAUGACUUGGUCAGUUUAUGAAGUGAAGUUUGACUUGAGAAAAAUAGGGGUCGCACGUACAAAGAAGUUGAUAAUUUUAUGGAAUUGCCCUAUUGUAACUGCUGAAUUCAUUUUACUACUUUGUAAAUUCCCUUACACGUAUAUCCCUUUUCCUGUGUGUUGUGUAAAAAUUCCUUGUUUGUAAUGCAUUUUCUCAGAGGUGCAUGGUCUGUCAUCUGUAGUUUUUUUAAAAUUAAUGAUGGUUGUUAUUAUAAACUUUGAGAUCAAAACAAGAAAUUGUAAAGUCAAGUACAGGAUGUGGUACAGUAUAUUACUGUUCUUUUGUAUAAAAUAUAUCUAAAUCAAACUAUGUACAGGCAGUUGCUACAAACUGAUGAUAGAUAUGUAUGGGCAUUUUGUCCAGCCUUUGCUAUGUUAUUUCCCCUUCUUUGUUUAUGUUUUAAUAAAGAAGAGCAAUUGUUUUUGUGGUAAAUGUAUGUGAACAAACACUUUGGCUCAUAUGCUUCUUCAAUUUCCUUAUUGUUUAGGUUCAAGGAAUUUGAGAUAUUCUUCUUUAAGCAAAAAAGAUAGAGUAAUGCCAAUAGAGGGGGAGAGAGAGAGGGGGGGGGGGGGGCGAAAAGAAAGAGAGAGAGAGGUGGGGGAGGGGGAUAAGGACAAUACAUAUACAAUUUUUAUUUACAUGUAUUAGAUGAUUAGAUGUAUGAACCUAGAUUGUUUUCUAUGAGUAAAAUCUAGCCCAACAUUAAUAUAUUAUACAUAUAUUCUUCACAUGUAUAUUUUCUUCUUUCAUUUUCUAAAUAUGGUUUAAUAGCUGUGUAGCAUUGUACCAUUUUAUGCAGUUCUCAGUAAUGUGACUGUGAUUCAUUGAUGCCAAUUUUCAUUUUCAUUUUUUAUUUGUUGCUUGCAACAAAACAUGUGAUUGAUCGUGUGAAAUCAGUAGGCCGUGAGGGUGACCCAACGUUAACAAUGGAAAAUGUAUUUUAAUCUUUCAAUUUGCUUGUGCUAUUCAGGACCUUCCAAGAAAUUCUUUCACAAAAUGUUUUGAGUAGAUAAACUAAUUCACUGAGCCAAUGGUAAUUUGUGUAGAAACACCGCCAACAUUGAAAUUAAUGAAUAUGCAUUAAAGAGGAAUAGAAAUCUCGGAAGAAGUUAACUUUUUUGAGAAUAUGCAUUAAAGCGGAGUAAAACUCUUAAAUAUAAUAUCAAUGGAAGUUUGAGAAAAAGUUGACAAAUUGUGAGAAAGUAAUUAUUUUUUUAUGUGAAAGAUAUACUUAAUUCUCUUUCUGACUUUCAUGGAAAUGGAAAUGCAUUAACAGUAAUCAACCAAAUGUGAUUAACGUGUACAUUGAACCUCUUUAAAAAUGUAUCAUUCCAACUUUGACAUUUAUAAACACUGCCAAUUUGUCUAGAAUUUCAAAUAUUUGUUACUACAAUUAUGGCUUUGAUGCUAUGGUAUUAAAGUCUAUCUCUUCUCAUAUAGUGUAGAUGUAUGUUUAUUAAAUAUUUGUUUUAUCCUACCAUCACUUUGUAAUUUUUUCAUACAUCAUAUAUUGCUUAAAUUGUGUAUAUAUUAGUUGUAUGUGACUGUAUGCAUGAAUGGAACAUAAUUAUUCUUAGAUUCAGGUGCAAAGUCAUUUACACAUACACAUUAUUUCACACAAGAAUGGUCCCCGUCAUGGGUAUCACCUUACAUGAACAUUUUUUAAAAUGAAAUUUCACCCGGACUACUUGCUAUUAUAUAUAUUUUUUAUUUCUUUAUAGUUUGUUAAUCUUUUCUAGUUCCCAUUGAUAUAAAAAUUAAUAUAUGAUUUUUUUUCUUUUUUAAUUAGCAUUGUUUUUUAUUCACUUGACAUUGAAUGAAAAAAAAAAAUUUUCUUGUUAUUUAUUUAAUUAGUUUAUUAGCAAAAAAUAUUAGUGUGGAUAUGUGUCAUUCAAUGAAUAUAUAAUUUGGAUUUCAUUUAGGCCUAGUGAAAUAAUUUGUUUCAUCUGUAUCUAUAUCUGUAUCUAUAUCAUAUUUUGAACAGAACACAAUGAAUGAACAAGUACGAUGUAUUGUAUAAUGUUAAAGGUAUUUGCAUUAAAUGCAAAAGUAUUUAAGUAUAUUGAAAGAUUUACAUUCAAGGUAAAUAUUGAAGAGUUUUGUAAGCUACCCUUUUAUUUUGAAAAGGAAAUACAGUGUGUGCAUUGUAAUUUUAUGAAGAAAUUAUGCAUGAUUUUUAUUGAUUAAUUUGUGAAAGCAAAUAAAAGUAUCAAACCAAUUA